AUGAGUAAUAACGCUCAUGAACUAAGUAAUCGACUUCUUAAUGCGUUGGAUAACAAUUACAAUGUUGUCGACAUGCAUACUGUUAACGAAAUUAUAUCCAUAUUGGAGAGAAUCAAUAUCACAAAAGAAUUGUUGGAGACCACCCGAUUGGGAAAGCACGUAAAUGAGCUGCGACGGAAGACGACGGAGCCAACGCUAGCGAGGCGAGCCAAAGUGCUCGUCAAACGGUGGCGGGACCUCGUCAUACCUAACGUUGCUUCUCCUGGACACCCAGGUUCAAAUCGAUCAUCAGCUGAGAGAGCAGUCCGACGGCUAGGCGGCACUCCUCUCACUUCACCGGCACUCUCCAGGCAAGUGGUCAGCCCUGCGGUGCCAAGUCCUCGCCCGCUGUCCAGACCGGCAUGGGGUGGUUACGAGUCAGACUCGCAGGAUGUGAUCCUGGUAGACGACGAGCCGCCCGCGCCGCCUGUGCCCAACCCCCUCACCAACACACUCAAACCACUUACUCCACCGGUGAAAAGGCCUCCCUCGCCGGAACCCUUACACGAUGAAAAGAAAGCGAAACGAGAUAAAAAACCUAAGAAGAGAAGGGGUCACAGUCGCGCAGGCACGGGCACGGAGGCGACAGCGCCGGUCGUGCCAGCGCUGGGCGCGCCCGGCCUGACCGCGCCCAGCCUGGCUCCGCCGGGCCUGGCCGCGCCCGGCCUGGCCGCACCUGGCCUGGCGGCGCCCGGCCAGGCCGCGCCCUGGGCCGCCCGCAACGGCAGCUCGCACGAGCGGCGCCGCAACGGCACGCGGCCUCAGCUCGACCCCUACGCCGCGCUCGUCAACAGGAUGCCUCCCGCCGGUGCCAAAAAGGUGAAAACGACGAAGGAGCUCUUAGAGCAGAUCCAAUCGAGGGGCAGCGUGGCCCCUUCGUCUCCGGGGUCACCGGGAUCACCUCGUUCCCCCGCUUCGCCUGAUGUCAUGCUUAUAGAACCUGACGCUCCGGCACCUGUAAAAGUGGAAUCACCCUUACGCAACGGCGGCAAGUCUCCCAGGGCCGAGUCGCCCGAGCAGACCUAUGAGCCGCUAGAGGACGAGCGAGAGUACUUCGAGUGCACCUGCGGGGACGCGGCGGAGGGGGAGGGGUCGGAGGACUGUCCCGCGGCGAUCAAGAACGCGGUCCGGCCCGCCGUCGUCCACGCCCUGCACAACGCUUUCAUCCCGGGGGUCAACGGCACCCGCGCGCCCGUGGACCCGCACCGCUUCGCCGUCCGCCCCGUCGAGAUACCCGACCGACCCGGGUUCUUCUCGAGCGUCGUGCCCCUCUACAAGUACUCCGACUACGCGGACGACUAUUGCGCUAAGAAUUUGGCGAGAGUGCCCGUGUGCCCGCAUUUACCCUGGACGGAGUUCGCGCCGCCGCCCCCGUCGCCGCCGCCCCCGCCCUCGCCGCCUCCGCUUCGGCCCUACCCCGUCGACUCGCCGGCGAGAGAGGAGCCCGAGGACGACGACGACGACGCGAGUGACGAAACGCGGCAGCCGAACUCCCCGUCGUCGCCGCGGCCCAAGGUGAAAGCGGAACUCGGUGCGACGGAACCCGUCGCGACGGCGCCGUCGCCGCCGAAGGCCGAGAUGGUCGGCGUGCCGCGGCUCGAGCCGAGCGAGAGACUGAAAGCGCCGAUACUGUCGCCGGAUCACGAGCCGGCGUGGGCCCCCGCGGCGCCGCUGGCGCACGCCGCGGGCCCGCCGCCGCACCGCACCGUGGAGCGCACGAAAGAGCCGGGCGGCGGCGCGGCGCUGCUGCGGGCCGUGGGCGUGGCGCGGGACGCCGUGCGCUACGACUACGCGCAGCUGGAGGCGGCGCCGCAGCUGUCGCGCGCGGCGCUGGGCUCGGACGCGGCCGUGGAGGCGGCGCUGCAGGCCGAGGGCUCGCGCGACGCGCUGGGCCGGCCGGUGAGGCCCGAGCGCUUCGCCGAGUGGCACGAGUGCGCCCGCCUCGGCGCGCUGGUGGCGCUGCCGUACGUGGUGAUCGACUGA